AUGGCCGACUUAUCGCAACCCAUCGCGGCAGAUCCUGCUAAACAUCGUGACGAACUUUUUCAGCGUCUAGAUGCCCUGAGAGAAAAAGAAAGCUUCUGUGACGUAACAGUUGCAGUGAAAGGCAAAGAAUUCAAAGCUCACAAAGUGGUGCUAGCUGCAGCAAGCCCCUUUUUCCUCUCACUUUGGGAAAGCAACAUGAUAGAAAGUAACGAACAACUGAUCGAAAUCAAGCUUGAAGAUGCUACUGCUUCCAUCAUGGAAGACGUGCUGCAGUUUAUUUACUCUGGAAAUGUUACUGUUACCGAGGAAAAUUGCCACAAAUUGAUCGCAACUUCGGAUUAUCUUCUUUUACCCGGAUUGAAAACAUUGGCAUCUAGUUUCUUGGAAGAUAAUUUGACAAUUGAAAACUGUAUCUUCAAUUACUAUUUUGCCGAGAAAUAUCAUUGUGCAGAGCUCAGUGAAGUCUCUUGUAAGACCAUUUAUGCAAAUUUCACUGAUGUGAUGGAGACAGAAGAUUUUCUGAACCUUGAAAUGAAGCAAGCCAUGGAGUGGGUGUCUAGUGAUGACAUUGAUGUCAGUGAUGAGGAAGCUAUAUUCACGGGAAUUGUCAAGUGGGUGUCUCACAACAGGAAUGAAAGAGAAAGCUGUUUUCCUGAUUUAUUGCGCCAAGUCCGCAUAAGGUCCUUAUCACUUGAAUUUAUUCUUAAGAAAUUGUUGCAUGAAGGAAGAGCUAGUAACUAGAAAUAAUGACUGCUUAAACUUUGUUGUGGAAUCCAUGGAGUCAGUUUUCAUUGCUGCAGAUAAGAGUCUUACUAAAGCACCAAGAAAGUGUCAGAGGGUACUUGUGGAAGCAGUUUUUGUGUGUGGUGGCAGAAAAGCUUUGUGUUAUCUCCCAGAUGAAAACAAAUGGUAUUUUAUUGCAAACAUAAUUUUUGAUCAUCAGCACCAUGCUGUUUUGCAAUACAGGGAUAAACUUUACAUUUUUAGUAAGCAAACAUUUCCAGACAAACAGUCACAAGAAAAAAGAUAUUUUGAGCAGUCACAUGUAGCAGAAUUUUAUGUACCUUCGACCAAUACCUGGGGUUCCAUUCAGACAAGAUUGUGUUAUUCAGAUGAGAAAUUUUCAAGUUUGUCAGUCCUGAAUGGAUUUUCAUCCUUGUAUGCUGUAACUGAAUCAGCCACUAGCACUAUGAAUGGAAUUUUUGCAUAUGAUGUUGACAACAAUGAGUGGGCGUUACUUGGAGCUGAAGAUGAAUUUAUUCAAGAUCGUUGGGGAGCUUGUGGCAUAGCAGCUGGAUGCCAUCUUUACAUUAUAGGUGGUACAAACAAAGGGGAUUUUCCAGCUACCGGUAUUACCAAAGUGGAAAGGUUUGAUCCAAAGGAACAUGAAUUAGAAGAGGUUGCACCUUUGACAGAGGCAAGGCAUGAUGCAUUUGGAGCAGCCAUGAAUGGCAAGAUCUAUGUGGCUGGUGGAAUUCAGAUGAGAGAACAGAGAUGUAGACUUCUCAACACAUGUGAGGUAUAUGACCCAUCAACCAAUGAAUGGCAUCUGAUUGCAGACCUCUGUGUACCACGUCAUUCUGCAAGCAUGGUGAGCUUCAAAGGAGCUCUGUAUGUCAUUGGUGGUUUAAAGAACACCAACAAUACCUCUACACUGAGAGAGUUGUCAGUUGAAAUGUUUGAUUCUGAGACAAGUGAAUGGAAGGAGAAGGGCUCCAUACCUGUUAGUGGUGAAAGCAGUGAAGAGAGAUAUAAACAAAUACACUACAAAGCUUCUUUUGCAACAAUUCAUGAAGAUGUAUUUACAGUAGAGAAUAUCAUUAGUGUAUGAUCUCACUGCAAGGCCAGUCUAAAGAGGUGUUGGUACAAGCAUGUCAAUUUGGGGAUGAGGAGAAGGCUUGUGAGAAGGACCAACAUUAAUGUUACUCACUUUCAUUUACCAAUGACCUAGCUUUAUUUGCAAAAGUAUGGUUUCAGAAAGCAAUGAAGUUGUGAAACCAAAUUCUUAAUAAAUAAUAAUAAUAUUAAUUAAGAAUUUAUAACGUGCCUUUUCCAUGCAAAUAUGAUCAAAGGCAAUUGCAUUAAAUUGACUCGUAAAAUGUUUUGUUGCUUUUCAAUUAUCUGUUGGUCAUUUGAACUUGAUCUACAGUCAAACAUCUAUUUAACAGUCACCCUCGGGAAUCGGCCAGGUGACCGCUUAAUAAAGGUUGACCACUUAGAGAGGUUUUCUAAAAAUACGCCCAUUAUGUGAUAGAAAUUGAUCUAGAGGUCAAAACUGGUCACUCUAUAUACAAUUCAUUGUUCACAACAUCAGUCACGUGAAAUGUGAUAAAAGUAUUUGAAAGUUCUGAGGAAUUCACGCCUAAACAACAAAUAUUACAGUAAUUUCAUUCAUAAGAUAAGUGUCUUUGCAAUCAAGCACAUCAUCAGCAAUUUUAUAAUCUCAUUCAACAUGAAUGAGGCCUACGAACAGGAAAAAGGUCAAAGUCAGGCGGCAAAGAGUAAACAGAGGCAGUGGCUAAUUGGCCUCAUGAGGCUCCUUGCAAUUGUAUGAGUUUGAAGGUGACAGCUUUUCUUGUGGUUGGCUGCAAUGGAAACUCGUUGUGUAAAAGAGGAAUUCAACGUACCAUAGUACAGAGACUCAGAUUACAAUGUUACCUUGGGUUUGAUAAGAUGGAAAAGAAACUGGACAUGCCUCACUUAUUAUCUUGUUAAAAAAUAUACCUGAUUUAUUGAUAAUUAUUGUUAUGUUACAAGGUGACUGUUAUACAGUGGUAAAUUACAAUAAUUUUUAAAUUAGCCAUUUGGGAAAUCUAAACAGUGACUGUGUCUGCUUAACAGUGGUGACCGUUGAAUAGAGGUCAAUUUUCAGUAAAUAUGGGAGGAAAAUUUAGGGAAAUUAAUAGACGGCUGCUACCCUGGGUACCAGAGGUUAAUUUUUCUUUCAUGCGAAGGGGAACUUCAUUUCGUCGGCCUCAGGCCGACACGUGUUCGGUAGAAGGCCGAAGACUUGAGCAGUGAAGCCGCAAGGCUUUUCGCAUUGGUCACUUUUUAAGACUUGACUGAAACUGGAAACUGCGCAUGAAAAGCCUCUAGCACCCAGCAUGCAGGGUGGAUGACUGGUUAAUAGAGGUUUGAAUGUAGUAAUGGAUUUGCAUAAUGCAAUGGUGAUCUAUUCAUUUUUGUUCAGGGUGACUUGAUUUGAGUGCCCAUAUUGUGGUAAUAUUAAAUGGUACUGGUAUAACAAUAUCUUUAUAUUAUUGCUGGCAUUAUUGAUUCAUCAUGUGACAUUUAAGGGGAUAUUUCAGCCUUUGCGUGUAAUGCAGUUUUGAGCAGUAGUGGAUAAGGUUUUGUCAACAAAAUUAUCAAUAGUUUAAAAUACUGUCUUGUUCCUACGAAAUUAUUAUUGGCUCUGGAAGUGACAAGGUAUAUUUACUGCAUUUUAAUUUAUUGACUUAGAAAAGAAUUGAAAGACCACUAAUUUGUUUACAAUUUUUAGAUAGGUAAAUAAAUUUUUAUAUUACGAUAAUCCUAAAACGAUGUGGGUUCCUUUAACCUAUCAGCUAAUUAUGCAGAUUUCCUCUGAGAUAAGCAUUGCCCAAGUCAUCUCCUCCCUUAUGUGGAAUUGUUGACAUUUUUAUUUCCAUUAAGUCUCUUUUCCUAUGAUUUCUCAAAAGGGAGAAAUGUUUUAGCUUGAAUCACAAUUUCCUUUACAGGGUCCACAAGAAGGAUUGGAAAUAUUUCAUACAAACAUGCAUGUUAGUGAAUUCUGCUGAACUACAUUUCAUGCGACAAAAUUAACUCUGUAAAUACAGUUGAACCUUUUCAUAACAGCCACCUGAGGGACAGAAGAAAGUGGCCAUUGUAGAGAUGUUUAAAUAAGAGUCAAUCUGUGGACUGUCCGCCCAAAAAAGUGGCCGUUGUGGAGAGUUAUGCUGUUAGUGGAGGUUCAACUGGUAAAAGGAAAUCUUCUAUGAUAUCCUCUAUCACUAGAGCACAGUUUAUUUGCUUGCAAACACGUGCUUGACUGUUAAAAGUUUUCACUGGAACUUUCUUGCAUAAGUUGGUUAGAAAUAGACUGCAAGAAUCAGGCAUUUUCUCUCUUGUGCUCAAAGAUCUGUGAGGAAGGGAAAUAUGUUAGUGUGUGACAGUGGGUUGUGGGAGUGCCCUCUCAAAUUUCUGUUCGCAGCUUUGCUGCUCACACACGGGCUCACUCACAGAUUUUUUUAGCUAAACCCAGGGAGACUGUUUAAAGAUGACAGAGCUAUUUGCCAUUAAUUUUAUGGCUAUGCGUUGCGGGAUUAUUGCUCAAAUAUUUGAUACGGAAAGAAAAUACAGUAUAAGACAUUUUAUUGCACCCUCCAUUCCACCCCUCCAAUUCCCCCCUGCCACAACCACAACCCACCCCAGCCCAUUUCUCGUUCCCAAUCUUUUCUCCUUAUUCCAAAUCGAGGCCAUCUUAACUUAUCACAACCCAUGAUGGAAGAUCCUGCAAAAUACUAUGAAAAACUUUUUGAGCGUCUUAAUGCUCUAAGAAAACAAGAAACCUUCUGCGAUGUAACUGUUGCAGUGAAAGGCAAAGAAUUCAAAGCUCAUAAAGUUGUGUUAGCCGCAGCAAGCCCAUUUUUCCUUUCACUUUGGGAAAGCCACAUGCAUGCUAGAAAGCAACGAACCACUGAUCGAAAUCAAGCUUGAAGAGGCGACUGCGUCUGUCAUGGAAGAAGUGCUGCAGUAUAUCUACACUGGAAAUGUUUCAGUCACCGAAGAAAGCUGCAAUGAGUUGGUUGCAACGGCGGAUUACCUUCUUCUACCAGGAUUAAAAUCAUUAGCUUGCGAUUUCUUGAAAAAGAAACUGGCCAUUGAUAACUGUGUCUCUACGUAUUAUUUUGCCGACAGGUAUCACUGUGCAGAGCUAAAAGAAAUGAGUUGUUGGGAAAUUAAUUUAAACUUUACUGCUGUGAUGAAAACGGGAGAUUUUCUGAACCUUGACUUGAAUCAAGUCAUGGAAUGGGUCUCUAGUGAUGACAUAAAAAUCAGUUAUGAGGAAGAAGUUUUUGAUGGAAUUGUCAAGUGGGUGUCUUACAACAAGAGUGAAAGAGAGAGCUGUUUCUUUGACUUGUUGCGCCAAGUCCGCCUGAAUUGUGUAUCCCAAGACUUUCUUCAGGGUAAAUUGGUGAAGGAAGAACUUGUAACUACAAAUAACGCCUGCUUAAACUUUGUUUUGAACUCCAUCGUUGCCGCACAUGAAAGUCAUUUCAAACCACCAAGGAAAUGCCUUAAGCAUUACGUUGAAGGGAUUUUUGUGUGUGGUGGUAGGAUAGCUUUGUGUUACUGUCCUGAUGACAAUGAGUGGUAUCAGAUGAGCGGCAUGGCAUAUGAACAUCAAAACCAUGCCGUCAUUCAGUACAAGGAUAAAGUUUACAUUUUUAGCAAACAAAAUGUACAUUCGAUUGAGUCACAUGUUGUAGAAUAUUAUGUACCUUUAUCAAACUGCUGGGGUUCAAUUCAAACAGACUUUGACUACGAAGAACAAUUUUCAAGUGUAUCAUCACUGAGUGGUUCUUCAUCCUUGUUUGCUUUAACCAACAGUACUGAAAUUCCUGAAAACACAAUAUUCACCUACAAUCCUGCUGAGAAUAGCUGGGAGAUAAAAGGAAGUACAUCUUCUAGAAAUCGAUGGGGAGCAUGUGCUGUGGCAGUGGGAAAUCACCUUUAUAUUAUAGGUGGUAGUAAUUGUAGCGAUACUGUACCAAGUGGAAUAACUAAAGUUGAACGAUUUGAUCCAAGAGAGGAGAAGCUGGAAGAGGUUGCGUCCUUGAAUGAGGGAAGACAUGACGCAUUUGGAGCAGCCAUGAAUGACAAGAUCUAUGUGGCAGGUGGAAUUCAAAAAAAUGACCAGACUCUGACACUACUUAGCACAUGUGAGGUAUACGACCUAUCAACAAAUGAAUGGCAUCUGAUGGCAGACCUCUGUAUACCUCGUCAUUCUGCAAGUAUGGUGUGCUUUAAAGGAGCUUUGUAUGUCUUUGGUGGCUUGAAAAAUACUCGCAGUUAUCUCCAAACCCGAGAGUUGUCAGUUGAAGUAUUUAAUUCUGAAACAAAGCAGUGGAAGGAGAACAGCACCAUACCUGUUUGCCUUGAAAGUGAUGAAGAGACAAAUAAACAAAUACAUUACAAGGCUUGUUUUGCAACUAUUCACCAUGAUGUCUUGUUGGAUCGCAUUUACCUUUGA